AUGCUUUCCGACCUUCCGACAGAGCUUCUGCUCGAGAUUUGCGAGUCUCUACAAAAAAAAGACAUUCUAGCGCUACGCCCGGUCUGCCAACGUUUUUAUUCGCUUUUCACCGAUGUGCUCUUCCGACGCAUCGUGUGUGAUGAAGUCCCACUGCUUUUUCGUGCCGUGGAGGCCCAGAGACUGGAUAUUGCAGCGCUGCUCAUCGAAAAAUACCACGUCGAUUUCAAUUGUCUGCACGCUGGCAAGAAUGCGCUUCUUCUCGUUAUUGACCUGCGAUACCCACAGGCUGUAGAUCUGAUCUUGCAAUAUCGGCCCGACGUUCGCUAUUGCUGCGAUUUUGGAGGUCGAGGGCCCCUGUCACUUGCAGUGAUCAGCGGCAAUGCUGCUAGCGUGGAGCGGAUUCUCCAGUCUCAGGAGAUUGAUGUCAACGAUCUAUGCUCGGACGGACUGUCUGCCCUAGUAUACGCGCUGAAGCAUCGCGAGUACUAUUCCCUCCAACUUCUACUUGCAGAUUCUCGAGUGAAAGUUAAUCUCGCAGAUUCUCUUGGCUGGUCACCACUGCAAGCUGCGGUUCUCGAAGGAGAUCAUAUAGCAGCCCAGAUGCUGGUGCGACAUGCAGAAAUCGAUAUCAACCAUCAGAGCUCCCACAAUGAUGCGCCCCUCCUGUUGGCUGUGAAAAGGCUUAAUGGCCAGCAAUCUGUUCUCAUGGUCGACUCUCCUCUUUUGCAUUCGAAAUUAGAUGUGAACAUAUCGGACCCCAACGGGCAAACGGCUCUAUGGCACGCUGUCAACCCGAUUUGA